AUGCCGGAAAUGGUAGGAUCGAGAUCAAGGGUGGUUGUUGAGCUGGUUCCUUCCCCUGAUAUCACAAUACAAAGAAAAGAGAUAAUCAUUAAACAACGUCAGGGAGUGGUUCCCAGGACGAAGCUUCAACGGUCAAAUAGGUAUGUGGAGCUCUCUAAUAGGCUACAUGUUUUUCGGGGUAUUCCUCCUCGGGAGAACAUGGUGCCGAAAGCCGAGAUUUCCGUGGAGAUGGCUUUGCGUGGCCAUUAUCGAGGUAAGCUUUAUCAUCAGGAUAUUGACCUUGUGGAGAGUCGUCCCCCUCCCGUAUUUGAAAAACGUAUGCGGGAACUUGCUGGAUUGCUCUCGGCAGAAGGGGAAAUGUUGGUUCUAGCGGACCUGCCUCGUUUUCUUAACCGGUCGUUGGAGCUAUUUACCCAGCCCAUUCUCCGGCCUCUGCUUCUGAUGACAUUCCAAUGGUGCAUGUUUUGUGCUUGGUGGUGCAUUGGGUGUGCCUGGAGAUUUUCCCCAUCGAACAUACCUUACAUGGUUGAUGAAAUGAGGAUUGCAUCCCAUCCUUCGGCCUUAGAGGCUUACAUCCUAGGUUGGGCGGUUACUAAAGACUCAUUACUUUUAGAAGACAUCGCCGCUCAUGAGUGGAGUAACUGCGUCCAUCCUCCGGCCACAAUGAAGUUGCUUGCAGCUCAAUCGGGUGUACACAUGGCUGGUGACCUUCGGUACGCCGCUAUUCAAACUUCUGCCUUAUGGUUGUUGCCGCUGAUCAGGUUUUCUACUUUAUCAUAA